AGGAGGCGAACCGGCGGCGCUCGCACGCCGGCCCCUAACCGCCGGGUCGGAAGCGCAGUCUGGGUCGGGGGGACCUCGGAGACGCGCCGGCCCGGGGCGCCGGGAACGGGGCUGGCGCUCCAGGCCUCGCCGGUGAGAAGGUUGGAAAGAGUCUGUUAGCAAGUGUCGCACCAUGCUUUUGCCACAUUUCUGAUUAAAGAUUGACAUUCCUGCAUAAGCAUUUUCCUGGUAAGAUGUCCUUGCCUCUAACAGAGGAGCAGAGGAAAAAGAUUGAAGAGAAUCGACAAAAGGCUCUGGCCCGUAGAGCCGAGAAAUUAUUAGCAGAACAGCAUCAGAGUGCGUCCUCGGGCUCCUCCACUGCUGCCCUUCCUUCCCAGUCCAAGCAGGGUCCUUCUCACAGGCCCCCCAGGGAUUCUUCGGAGCCAGUGAGCCAUGGUGUCAUUUUCAAGCAACAGAAAACCAGUAGUUCAUCUUAUGGUGACCAAAGACUUCAUAAUCCCCACAGUUUUCAUCUCAGCACUCCGGAGCAGGCAAAGAGGACAUGGGGGAGGCCAGAGGAGAUGCCCACAGUCUGCCCACACCACAGCCCUCCAAGUCAAGUGACUCUCACCGGGAUCUCCCCUCCCUUGGCACAAAGUCCUCCAGAGGUUUCCAACCAACAGCUCUUGGGUCAAGGUCAUGCUCAGGUUUCACACGGGACCAAAUCGACACCCUUUGCUAGCACAGCUCUUGAGCCUUUGGCCAAAGCAGAGAGUUCCCAGGAUUCACCAGCUUCUUCCUCUGGACAGCUUUCCAGGGAUCCUGAAUUAGAAGCCAAGGCAGCCAGGCCCUCCACCUCGGGACAGAACAUUGUUGACAUCCAUAGUGGCUCAGGGAGUGUGAUGCCUAGGACAGAAGGAAGCCUCCCACAGAAAUUGGGGGCCUCACCCCACAAAGCAGUAAGCUCCCAGGAGGGAAUAUGUGUAAGGGAUGGAGACCGUUUCCAGGUGAAGAUUGGGUACAACGCAGAGCUCAUUGCCGUGUUCAAGCGUCUGCCCAGCAGAAGAUACGAUCCUGAGACCAAGACGUGGGACUUCAGCAUGACCGAUUACAGUGCCCUGAUGAAAGCAGCCCAGCGCCUCCGCACAGUCACCCUGCAGCCUCUGGAAGGGGCCGGCAGUGUGCCACAGACCGGCCUGCCUUCAGCUCCCUCUCUGGCCUUUGUCAAAGGGCAGUGUGUGCUCAUCUCCCGGGCCCGCUUCGAGGCAGACAUCGGCUAUUCACAAGAGCUGAUUGCACUGUUUAAACAGAUGGAUUCCAGAAAUUACGAUGUCAAGACCAGGAAGUGGAACUUUCUCUUGGAAGAGCACAAUAAACUAAUGGAAAGGGUGCGCUGCCUUCCCCAAGUUCAGCUGAAUCCUCUGCCCAAGACGCUGACCCUGGCCUUCGCCUCUCAGCUGGAGCGGACGUCUCUUAGUCUCACGGCAGACGUCCCUGAAGCAGACCUCUCUGGAGUGGACCCCAAGCUCGUGUCCAGUCUGCUGCCCUUUCAGAGAGCUGGAGUCAAUUUUGCCAUCGCAAAAGGCGGCCGCCUGCUGCUUGCUGAUGACAUGGGCCUGGGGAAGACCGUCCAAGCCAUCUGCAUCGCGGCCUUCUACCGGAAGGAGUGGCCGCUCCUGGUGGUGGUGCCGUCAUCUGUGCGCUUCACCUGGGAGCAGGCCUUCCUUCGGUGGCUGCCGUCUCUCACCCCAGAGCACAUCAACGUCGUGGUGACCGGCAAGGACCGCCUGACAGCUGGCUUGGUCAACAUCGUCAGUUUUGACCUUCUGAGCAAGUUGGAAAAACAGCUAAAAACCCCUUUUAAAGUUGUCAUCAUUGAUGAGUCCCACUUCCUCAAAAACAUCAAGACUGCCCGCUGUCGUGCAGCUAUGCCCAUCCUCAAGGUGGCCAAGCGAGCGGUCUUACUGUCGGGCACACCAGCCAUGUCGCGACCCGCAGAACUCUACACGCAGAUCAUCGCCGUCAAGCCGACCUUCUUCCCUCAGUUCCAUGCCUUCGGACUUCGCUACUGUGACGCCAAGCGGCAUCAGUGGGGAUGGGAUUACUCGGGCUCCUCCAACCUGGGAGAGCUGAAGCUCCUGCUGGAGGAAGCGGUCAUGCUGCGGCGCCUCAAGUCGGACGUCCUCUCCCAGCUCCCAGCCAAGCAGCGCAAGAUGGUGGUGGCGGCCCCGGGCCGGAUCAGCGCCAAGGCCAGAGCGUCCCUGGAUGCCGCGGCCAGGGAAAUGACCACCAAGGACAAAUCUAAAGGCCAGCAGAGAGAAGCCCUCAUUCUCUUCUUCAACAGAACAGCGGAAGCUAAGAUCCCAUGUGUCAUUGAAUAUAUCCUGGACCUGCUGGAAAGUGGAAGAGAGAAGUUUCUGGUAUUUGCACACCAUAAGGUGGUUCUGGAUGCAAUUACUAAAGAGCUUGAGAGAAAGCAGGUGCAGCACAUCCGCAUCGAUGGCUCCACCUCCUCGGCGGACCGAGAGGACCUGUGCCAGCAGUUCCAGCUGUUCCAGGGGCACGCCGUGGCCGUGCUGUCCAUCACCGCCGCCAACAUGGGCCUCACCUUUUCCUCCGCCGACCUGGUGGUGUUCGCCGAGCUGUUCUGGAACCCAGGGGUGCUGAUGCAGGCCGAGGACCGGGUGCACCGCAUUGGACAGUCGAACUCCGUGGGCAUCCACUACCUGGUGGCGAGAGGCACGGCUGACGACUACCUUUGGCCCAUGAUCCAAGAGAAGAUUAAAGUUCUGGGUGAAGCUGGGGUUUCUGAGGCCAAUUUUUCAGAAAUGACAGAAGCCACUGAUUACAUCUACAAGGACCCAAAGCAGCAGACGAUCUACGACCUGUUCCAGAAGUCCUUCGAGGAGGACGGAAGUGACAAGGAGCUCCUGGAGGCAGUGGAGGCCUUUGACCCGGGAAGUGCUUCAGGAACGUCUGGAGGUAGUUCCCAGGACGUGGGAGCCUCGCAGGACGAAAGCACGUUGACGGGCAGUCCAGUGAAGAAAAGGAGAUUUGAAUUUUUUGAUAACUGGGACAGCUUUACCUCUCCCCUGUAAGGGGGAAAAAGCAUUGAAAAAUCAUGGAAUUCAUUAAAAUAAA